UCAGAAGUGGCAACUUCCAACACCCACGGGGAGGACUCCCCUUACUUUGCUGGCUGGAAAGCUUAUGAUGAAGACCCUUAUGAUGCUGCAAGCAACCCUGCAGGGGUCAUUCAGAUGGGUUUGGCAGAGAACCAAGUUUCAUUUGAUCUACUGGAGAAGUAUUUAGACCAGCACCCGGGAGCAUCCGGCUGGGGAUGUGGUAUCUCCGGCUUCAGAGAAAACGCUUUGUUUCAAGAUUACCAUGGUCUACAAACUUUUAGACAGGAAAUGGCAACUUUUAUGGAACAGAUAAGAGAAGGCAGGGCAAAGUUUGAUCCCGAACGCAUCGUCCUCACCGCAGGUGCAACCGCCGCAAACGAGCUACUCACCUUCAUCUUAGCAGAUCCCGGAGAUUGUUUGCUGAUCCCAACACCUUAUUAUCCUGGGUUUGACAGAGAUCUAAGAUGGAGAACUGGUGUUCGUAUCAUUCCGGUCCACUGUAGCAGCUCAAAUGGAUUCCAAGUAACUCUCCAGGCCUUAGAAGAUGCGUACGUGAAAGCAGAAGGCAUGAAGAUUAGAGUCAGAGGACUUCUCCUCACAAACCCAUCGAACCCGUUGGGCACCGCGAUCGCAAGGCAUGUACUCGAGGAGGUAUUAGACUUUGUGACGCAGAAGGACAUCCACUUGAUCUCAGACGAGAUCUACUCAGGCUCCGUGUUCUCCUCCGAUGAGUUCGUCAGCGUCGCGGAGAUUGUCGAAGCUCGCGGCUACAAAGAUUGUGACCGAGUCCACAUCGUGUAUAGCCUCUCCAAGGAUCUUGGCCUGCCUGGAUUUAGAGUGGGAGCAAUUUACUCGUACAACGAUAGAGUGGUGACGACUGCUAGGAGGAUGUCCAGCUUCACAUUAGUCUCGUCUCAGACUCAGAGGAUGUUGGCUUCGAUGCUGGCUGAUAGAGGGUUCACUGAGAACUACCUGAAGACAAAUAGAGAAAGGCUCAAGAAUAGGCGUGAUUUCAUCACCGAAGGUCUCAAGAAUGCCGGGAUCGAGUGCUUGCCAGGGAAUGCUGGGCUCUUCUGCUGGAUGAAUCUGGCACCAUUACUCGAAGAGCCCACCAGGGAAGGAGAGCUGAGACUUUGGAGCUUGAUAGUGCACGAGGCGAAGCUUAACAUAUCCCCAGGCUCUUCCUGCCACUGUUCGGAAGCAGGCUGGUUUAGGGUAUGCUUUGCUAAUAUGAGCCAGCAAACACUGGAAGUUGCAGUGAGGAGAAUAAAGGACUUCAUGAAGAACAUGAAGGCAAUACAAGAGAAAUAAUGUUUGCUGCAGACCCAGCCACUUCAUUCAUUAUCCUCUCAUGAUUUUGCUGGUUUCAAUUUUCUUUUCUUUUCCUUUUGAUUUAUCUUGGGGGAAGACUGUGUUUUUGAAGAGGUGAAGAAACACCACCUCUUUUGAUU